AUGAUUCGCCUCAAUGGACCGCGACGUCUUACGCGACGAAACGGGACAGCCGUAGUGAUGAAGAUGAUUUCAGCUCCAUCCGAAACACAGUCGUCAAUAGGCGAUGUGAACCAGCUGGGUGGUUUCUUCGUGAAUGGGCGCCCUUUACCGAUGGCUUUGAGAGUUCGCAUAAUCGAACUUCAUCGUUCGGGUAUUAGACCGUGCGACAUUUCACGGCAACUACGAAUCAGUCACGGAUGUGUCAGCAAAAUUCUCAGCAGGUACGUGGAAAGAGGAUCGAUCGAACCGGGUACAAUCGGCGGAAGUAAGCCUCGGGUUACAACUCCAAAGGUGGUCGAGUACAUUCGUCUAUUGAAAUAUUCAGAUCCAGGAAUUUUUUCAUGGGAAAUUCGUGAUCGACUUGUGAAUGACGGCAUUUGUAGCAAAGAUAGCGUGCCUUCCGUAAGCAGUAUAAGCCGUAUUCUACGCAGUAAAACGCCUAAAGGCCUGGAAUCUCUGCCAUUCCUACCGUAUCCGAAAUGUCCCCCACCGCAGAAUAUCGCCUUCCAAAUGCAAUACGGCCAACCUGACUUCAAUUUCAGUGAGUUUUGA